UAACAAUUGUGUAAUAUAUCAAGCUACCGAACUCCUGAUGUAGAUAGCGUCAUGUAUAUGGAACAUUAAAGGUAUUCCAUCAUGUCGGAUUUUAUUUUUUGUGGUCCUUGUGGUAAUGCGGACAGUAAUAAAAAUGCAGAGAAAUGGUGUACAGUUUGUGAAGAGGGAUUAUGUACAGAUUGUGAGAAGGUCCACAAAUCUAUAAAAACAACAAUGAAUCACAGUGUCAUAUCAACCGAAGACUAUAGGCAGAUACAAAAUAUUUCUGUCAGUCUAAAAUGUAAAGACCAUGACAAGCGACUCGAUCUGUACUGUAUAACGCAUGAUGUUGCAAUCUGUUUAGGUUGCGUUCCAUCACAGCAUGGGACAUGCCCUGACGUCAUUCCUUUAGAUAAAGCUGCGGAGAAUGCAAAACAUUCAACUGCACUUGCUGAUUUAGAGGACACUUUAACCAGAACAUUAAAAAGUCUUCAACAAAUCAUUAGCGACCGUGAUUUAGCCUUGGAGAAGUUGGACGGCCAGAGACAAACUAUCAAAAAUGCAAUCAAUGAUACAAAAGAAAGGAUAAUGAGAAAAAUUGACGACUUAGAGGAAAAACUACUUCUGGAAUUAGACAUGCAACAUGGCUAUUGUAAAUCCGAAGUUAGCAAACUUCUAAACCGUUUGAAAAGUUCAGAACGAGAUUUAUGUUGUCUGAGAGAGCAAACGUCUCAACUGAAAUCAUUCGCAUCCGACAUUCAACUUUUCCUGGGUACGCGCCAGAUAAAAGGAACAGUCUUCAAAGAAGUAGAAUCCGUCAAAGAAGGAAUAAAGUCUGUCGAGAACUCUGAGAUUUACCUACACUUACAUCCUUCUGUCAUGGCGUUACUGAAUGAAGUAGAUCCGCUUGGGGAAAUAUCCGUUAAGAAUACUAAGACUAGUUUACCGUUCAAAGAAACAAAUGUAGAUCAAGCUCAGGUACAACUUCAAGAUCUCGAAAUGAAAAGCAUUAAAAGCGUCCGUAUCCAGUUGAAGAAGAGAUUUAAAGUGGAGCAAAAAGGUUUUUUUACGUUUGAGCUGACUGGAUGUACCAUGUUAACAAAUGGUAAUUUGUUGAUGGCUAAUUAUCUCGGAAAUACUAUACUAAUGGAGUAUAGCGAAGGCGGCAAACGUAUCCGUGACAUAUCAUGCUCUAGGCCACCGUUUGAUUUGACGGUCAUAGACACUGACCGUAUUGCUGUUACAUAUGGAAGUAGAAAGUACAUCGAAAUUUUGAAUAUGAAAUUCAAUACUGUCGAGAGGAAAGUAAAAUUUGAGAACGACUGCUUUGGAAUAUCAUACCAGGACAAUAAACUUUUUAUUAUUACAGGCGGCAUUGUAAUAAUAGAUAUUGAAGGCAAAGUUCUGAAAACAUUCUAUUUUGAUUGUGGAAUAUACUUAGAAACCACGAAAGAUAGAAUUUAUUUUACCACCAAAAGAGGUCAUACUAUAAAUUGCGUCUCCAUGUCAGGCGAGGAAAUAUGGGUACAUAAGGAGGAAUUAUUAGUCAAGCCGAAUGGCAUCACUGUCGAUGAUCAUCAAAAUGUAUUUGUUGUUGAUCCAAAGUCGAAAUCGCUUACAGUAAUACAACCUGACGGGAGGUACAGUAAAACCUUACUAACCAAAACUAGUGAUCUGAACCUGGCAUCUGCAUUGUACUUCAACAAAGAAAAACAAAUAUUACUGCUAUGUACCGGGCUUGGGUAUGCUGCCAUAUACAAUUUUACUUAGUUAAGAAAAUCUUAUUUCAUUCUGUUAUGCAUUUUUUAUUCAGUAUUCUUGAAUUGUCAAGUUAUAGAUAGAGAAACACCACUGAUAAAUUGGCUAAUGCAUAUUUUGCUUUACAAAUCCUGUAAAUAGAAUAGUCCUAUUUGUUCCUUAUAAGGAGUUGAUAAAUACCGAGAUAUUCUUUAAUUAGCAGAGUAUGUUGUCAUUACCACAAUGACGAUGAUUUAAACAGAAAGUAUUUUCAGUUUCAUAUAAUUGAAAGAAAGUUGACAAGUUUUAUUUUUGUUUGGUGUAAAACAAGUCCAUCAAACAAAAAUAAAACUUGUUUUGUUUGAUGGAUUUGUUGUAUAUCACUUGGCAAUUUUGAAUAGUAAAUGUGUACGACCUAUAGAAUGAUAUUUAUGGAAGCGCAUUAAGGGACAUACUAGUAAUACGUUUCGCUCGUGCAUGUUCCCACCAUAUGGACUUUAUUAGCAGGGAUGUGCUUCUUACACGAAAAUGCUCCAACAGAGUUACGAGGAAGGACGACUGAGAACGACACUAAAUAAAUUUAACGGUUACUAUCCCGAAUUGGUUUGCAGAUACGAAAUGUCGGUGUCUCAACUCACUAGCGACGUGUUUUCACGCUCUUCGAUCGUUAGAUACCAGUAAGGUUUUCUGAUCUGUAAUUUCACCGAUUGUGUCCUAUUCCCGAUUGUGACAUUUUUACUGAUUGUGAAUUCACGAGGUGGGUGGUGCAUGUAUAGCAGGAGAGAACGCUUACCCUGUCGACGUAUCCGGUAUCUAUUCUUUAAGAGUUCAUUCGAUUCCCUCAGUUUUGUUUGUUUUUGUUUAUUUUUUUUAAUCGAUUAAUGAUUUUUAACAUCGAUAAACUACUGUCGCCUUAAUUUAUUGUAUUUUUAUUUUUUUCUGUUUGUACUAAAAAUAGUUGCUGUCAUCAAUGUUUGUACAUUAUAAUUUGUUGAAGAUUAUGUUAAGUUGUUAUAACUUGUUUCAAUUCUUGUUUUUUUAUUUAAACAAUGAUGCUCUUCAACUUCGUACUUUAUUUGGAUUUUUUAGAACUUUUUUUAUUCAAGCGUCACUAAUGAGUCUUUUGUAGAAGAAACGCGUGUCUGCCAUACAAAAUUUUAAGCCUGGUGUCUAUGAUGAGUUUAUAUAUGGAAACUUAAAAAACCAAAAACUGUGUUUGAUGCAAAACUGUGGUCAGUUUUCUAGAAGGAAAUACUUUGGAUUCAUUUAUUUUCGUUGGUACCAAUUUUCGUGAAAUAAGGAAAGAUUGUAUAUUCGUGGAUACACGAUUUCUUGGAUAACAAAGGUCUGCAUACAAGCCUUAAGUUAAUUUGUACUUCAUUUGACAUUUAGAAUCGUGGUUCACCUGUACCAACGAAAUACACGAAGUCAAAAUUAGCAAUUUUGUUAAUUUCGUCAAAAUAAUAAAACUUGCUGUUCGGUGUGAGCCAAUGCUCCGUGUUGAAGGCCGUACCUUGACCUAUAAUGGUUUACUUUUAUAAAUUGUUACUUGGAUGGAGAGUUGACUCAUUGGCACUCGUACCACAUCUUCCUAUAUCUAUUUAAAAAAAUCAUCCCUGGUGUAUUAUUGACUACUAGUCAAUAAUUCAACUCAUCUGAAUCCGUUUUCAUGCAACCCUUAAUUUGGCCUUAGUAGAUAUGGGUUGCGCAUGUGGUCAACAUGUUUAUUCUUAAUUUAUUUAAUGUUGUUCUUGUAAAUAUCACAAAUUCUAUCAAAACACAAAAUUUUCUUGAGACACAUUGUUUUCAAGCUUUUUAAGUUUAUAACAAAAAUGCACAACAGUUCCUUUGACAGGUGCUUUGAUUGUUAGUUAUACCUUGUGUAUUUAUCUAACCACAGGAGGUAUACUGAUGGACAUUGGGGGCCAUCAUGGUGAACAAAAAUCUUAUUACCACCAUUUGUCAGAGUAUGUCCCAGGUCGUACUGUAUGAUAAGGCAAUAUUAUUUAUUUCCAACUGAAUAGGGGUCAGAAUAUUUAUUUUCCAAAUCUGUCAGGACCACACUAAGAAUGAAAUGAUCGCCACCUAAAUAUGAAAAUAUUGGGAAGAUCACAGACUUUUUAAAGAACACGCUUGUAUACAUAUAUCACACACCCUAACAAGACUGGUUGCAAUCAAUGAAUCUUUGAUCAAUAUUAAAACCAUCUCAAAUUUGAAGAGUGUUGUAAUUUAUUCUUUGGUAAAAUAUUAAUCAAACAAAAUUAUUUUAACUUAUCAUCAACUUUAUAUUAAGGAUAAAACUUAAGGAUCUGAAGAAAUACAAAUUGAGUUAAUAUAAAAUCUCUGGCAAAUUCGGUUUAUUAUUUUCUAAAAUUUUAGAUGAUGUAAAACACUACAAAUUACAUUAGCAAAAUAGAAACUUACAGGACUACAAAAUGUAUGAAGUAAUAAUGUUAAUGCAGUUCAAACUUCACAAUUCUGAAUGUCAUGAAUUGUAACAUUAUGACUAAAAAGCAGUCUGAAUUGAAUAAUAAAGUACAUAUCUAAAGUUGCCUUUUCACAAUUACAGUUGUCAUUUUAUUCUUGCAAAAACCAUUCUCCUUAUUAAAACAACAAGAGAAUAUAGAUAUAUAAUAGUAUAAUGUAGAAGGUCUUGAGGGAAUUUUGUUUUACUCAACAGGACAGUUUGUAUGCAUAUAGUAGGAAAAUCAAAAGAGUGAUACAUGUAUAGAUUGUAUAUGCAAGAUAUGCCGAAUUCCAAUCGUUUUCUUACCGUCAUAGAAUUUUAUUGAAGCAACAUUUCACCCAUUGUGUACAGGUGUCAAAUUAAAUAUAUGGGAAUACAUGUAAAUUUCAUAACUCGCUUCCUUAAUGACUGCCUCUGUUAUAUUUCGGGGAACAAAUCCUCGUAUUCAAUAUGUUCAAUUCAGAAGUAUUGCAAGGGACGCAAAGUUGGUUUAAUUAAAAAUGUUUAACCCCGCAAAAUUCUCAUUGUGCCUUGCCCCAUGUCAGGAGUAAAAAAUAAGAAAAUACCAGGCAACUGAACAUUAUAUAGCAAAGAAAAAUGGUACCACACAAUUUUUUCAAAAAAAUUUCUGGGCCCCAGUAGGUUACAUUUUUACUGAUUAGUAACAGUUACAUUUGAUUCAAACUAUAUAAAAGAAAAAGAACUGAUAAUGUAAAUCUUCAGUUUAUAAAGGGCAGAUAUUUACUAAGAUAACAUGUUUCUUUCCAAUAAACAAGUUAAUGUAUGUCAUUUAAAUGCAAGAACAAGAGUGUGUGUAUUGUAUAUGAUUGUUCUUUUCCACUUAUUGUUAUAAUAUUGGUAUUCAUAUAAUAUUGGUAUUCAUAUAAUAUAUAUUUACAAUAGUAAAAAAAAUGUAGUCAA